AUGGCCAACGCCGGCGCCACCAACGGCGCACCAGCCGAGGCCAACGCCGCUGCCGACAAUGGCGCCCGUUCCAUGGCCAAUGCUACUACCUCCGGUGCUGUGGCCAACGGCGACGGGAACGGCGUGCCCGUGUCACGUUCAGGCCGCGACCACGUCGUCAUCUUCCCCUUCAUGGCGAAGGGCCAUAUGCUCCCGCUGCUCCACUUCGCCACGGCCCUCUCGGCGCGCCACGGGGGCCUCCGCGUGACCCUGGUCACCACGCCGGGCAACGUGGCCUUCGCCCGGAGCCGCCUGCCCGCGUCGGUGUCGCUCGUCGCGCUCCCGUUCCCGUCGCUGCCGCCGCUGCCGGCGGGCGUCGAGUCCACCGACGCCCUCCCGUCCCAGUCGCUGCACCUGGCGUUCCUGCGCGCCACGGCGCUCCUGCGGGCCCCCUUCGCGGACUUCCUGGCGUCGCUCCCGUCCCCGGCGCUCGCGCUCGUCUCCGACUUCUUCCUCGGGUUCACGCGCCGCGUCGCGGCUGACGCCGGCGUCCGCCGCAUCGUGUUCAACGGCAUGUCCUGCUUCGCGUCGGCGAUCUGCAAGGCGCUCGCCGCGAGCCCGCCGGCCAGCUUCGAGCCCGGCGCCCAGUUCCACGUGCCCGUCAUGCCGGACCACGUGGUGGUCAGGGCGGAGGAGGUCCCGGACGGGGUGACCAAGAGGGCCGACCCCGACAACCCGUUCACGCGGUUCUUCGUGCACGAGAUCGGCGACUCGGACGUGCGCAGCUGGGGCGUCCUUGUCAACAGCUUCGCCGCGCUGGACGAGGACUACGUGCCGGGCUUGGAGUCGUUCUACGAGCCGGGAUCCCGCGCCUGGCUCGUCGGCCCGCUGUUCCUCGCCGCCGGCGACAUGUCGUCGGAGGGCGAGAAGGAGCAAGACCCCGAGGGCUGCCUCUCAUGGCUCGACGAGAGGGCGGCGCAGCCGGGGUCCGUGGUCUACAUUUCGUUCGGCACGCAGGCCCACGUCACGGACGCGCAGCUCGACGAGCUGGUGCACGGGCUGGCGCAGUCCGGCCGCCCCUUCCUCUGGGCGGUCCGAUCCGACACGUGGUCGCCGCCGACGGGCGUGGGUCCCAACGGCCGGAUCGUCCGCGGGUGGGUCCCGCAGAGAAGCGUUCUGGCCCACAAGGCAGUCGGUGGGUUCGUGAGCCACUGCGGGUGGAACUCGGUGAUGGAGAGCCUCGCCGCCGGGAAGCCCCUGCUGGCGUGGCCGAUGAUAGCCGAGCAGCACCUGAACGCAAGGCACGUCGCGAACAUCCUGGGCGUCGGCGUCAGGGUAGCCGUGAGGCCUGGCACGGACGUCGUCGGGCGGGCGGACGUGGAGGAGAAGGUGCGGGAGCUGAUGGACGCCGGCAGCAAGGCGGCGAGGAGUAUGCGGGAGAGGGCUGCGUGGGCGCAGCAAGCGGCGGAGUCGGCGGUGAGCCGCGGUGGAACUUCAGCCAUGGCGUUGCAGAAUCUGGUGGAAGAGCUACAACGGACCUAUGGUGACGUCGUAGGCAAAGGUGCAGAUGGUAUUCAGAAGAUCAAAGAAAGCGAGGUGAGGGGGACAAAAUAG